AAGUGCCCUUUCGAGGGAUCCCAUUCUGUGACCGGCGACCGAUGGCGGACACGACAGCGAUUGCCCACCCCACCGCGCAUGGAGGCAACCCACCGAGCAACAACAACAAUGAUGACAGCGCCUUGUCAUGGAACGAGAUCUUGCGCGUGCAGAACCUCAUCGAGCGAUGUCUGCAACAGUCCAUGUCGCAGGCCGACAUCAUCAAUGCAUUGCAGGCGCAAGCCAACGUGGAUCCACACUUCACUUGCACCGUGUGGCAAAAGCUGGAAGAGCAGAACCCGUCGUUCUUCGAGGCGUACACGCUACAUUUGACCCUCAAGGAGCAAAUCCUCACCUUCAACUACCUUGUUCGUGGAGAUUCAUGUGUCGUAUAUUCGACUGACGUUGGGGACAUGUAGGUCAGCCAACAACGCCAAAGCAUGGCCAGUGACCCCAGUCCUACCGAGCAGCAUCUGCCCCAGGCCUCGUCGUUUCCAUCGAACAAUCAUGCGCAAAACAGCAGCUUCCGUGGCGCAUCUCACAUGGCGCCGCUGCUGUCGCCCAUCAAAACGGACUUGGACACGUGUGCGUUUUUCACAUAACGUUCAGUCAAUUGUAACAUGUACUAGUAGUAGUUAGUAUAUACUAUUAAGUACGCUCAUGUAGCAAGUACAUUCAUGAGAAAACAGUGGAGAAGAGUGGCUUGCAGCAAUGCCUAUUGCCG